AUGACUUCGGUCGCAAGACAGAUGGCUGGCAUCCCUGCGGCAGAUCUGCAGUCAUUCACGGAACACCUCAAGAGCUGUCGACGAAUCGUAGCUUUACUAGGAGCCGGUAUCUCCGCAUCCUCUGGUCUACCCACUUUUCGAGGAGCUGGUGGACUUUGGCGUUCUUUUGAUGCUACCUCACUGGCCACGCCAGGGGCUUUCAAAUCCAAUCCGGGUCUAGUCUGGCAAUUCUACAGCUAUCGCCGACACAUGGCCCUGCAAGCAGACCCGAACAGAGCUCAUUACGCCCUUGCAGAGCUAUCACGAAGAAACCCUGAUUUUAUCACAUUAUCUCAAAAUGUUGAUGGCUUAUCACAAAGAGCACAACAUCCAGCCAGCCAGCUACAUCUACUUCAUGGCACCCUCUUCGAUGUCAAAUGCACCUCAUUCCACUGUGACUAUAUCCGCAAGGAUGAUUAUACCGACCCGAUUGUCCCGGCUCUUGACAUCCCCAAGAAAGGGAUGAAUUUUCCCUCGUCAGCAGAGAAUGAUGGCGAGACAGAUACAGAUGCCGGAAUUGAACUUGACAUUUCUAAUGCACAGGUCCCUAUCCCUGAACUGACUCCCGCUGACCUGCCUCAGUGUCCCAAGUGCAAGGGUCUCCUUCGACCUGGUGUCGUUUGGUUUGGCGAGAGUCUUCCUUCAGAUACUCUUGACUUUGUCGAUAACUGGAUUGAUGAAGAACGAGUUGAUCUUAUAAUGGUGAUUGGCACUAGUUCCAAGGUCUGGCCCGCUGCGAGUUAUCUUCAUACUGCCCGGAGUGCUGGUGCCCGAGUUGCGGUUAUCAAUAUGGACGCGGAUGAUCUGGCUGGUCGAAAUUUAGAACCAGGCGACUGGUUCUUCCAAGGCGACGCGGCGGUCAUCGUCCCGGAGAUUCUGAAGAGUGUAAUUGGAGAAAUUUAA